AUGGAUGACAGGCCAACGAAUCAGCGAAUUACACAGUUGGAGCAAGAAAAUGCGUCACUCCGUCGACAAUUUCUCCGGAUGCAAAAUGGGGGUGUUCCCGAUCGCCCAUCGAUGCAAGCCGAACCCGCUUUGGCGGCUAUCAGUCCAGUCGGAAGCCAGGUUACGGUUUCUCUGCCUCCGAAUAUUGGCCCGUCGCCAAUUGAUCAUCCCUCAAGCCGGGGCAGCCAUCCAGAAUUUCCUGAUAGCGAUCAUCAUCGCAAUAGUAUAUCAUUAUACCAUGGCCCAACCAGUGCAGUCUACGAUGACACCGCAAAUUCUGGCACUGGCGAAGAGAAUGCAGAGUCAUUACACUCUCCUAUCAGGGAAGAGUGGACUCGACAUCUCCUUUUUGCCGAAACUGCAAGACAAAGACAAUUGGAACCUCUCAACUUUGCUGCUGGAAAACUCGACUUCGAUGAAGUCGACCCCGAAAUUGGAAUGCAUCUACUCUCUAUCUACUGGAGCCGCCAGCUCUACACGGCUCAGAUCAUCUAUCGACCAGUGUUCAUGCGCGACAUGGCUUGCGGCGGACCAUAUUUCUCCAAACUGCUCCUGAAUGCCAUCUUCUUCACCGUCUCGAAGCACUGUCCACGGCCUGAAAUUCGCUCGGAUCCAGAAGAUGUCACCACGGCGGGGUGGAGAUUUCGUCAGCGGUUUACGGAGCUGCUACGAGAUAGUUUUGACAAGAGCAAGAUCACCACUCUGCAGGCAUUACUCAUUAUGUCGAAUUCGCUGUUCUCGAGAUGCGAUGAGCGAAGUCUCUCAUGGCUGUACGCGGGGAACGCUUUCAAUAUGAUCAUUGAUCUCGGACUCCAUGUUCUUCCCUCGCCCAACAAAAUGUCGGCAGAGGAGCUUGAAAUUCGGAAGCGGGUUUUAUGGGGUGCAUAUUCGAUCGAUAAGAUCCAAUGCCUCUUCCAAGGAAGACCUCCACUACUUCGCCACAUGAACUUCAAAGCUUCCCUCAAUUUCUUGGAUGAGUACGACGAGCUUGAUUCUUUCCAAGAUAUCACCUUCAAAUCAGCAUCCCAGGGAUCGGCAAUUCCAUCACUGAAUGUAUCGUUGUUAACGAAACUAUGUGAACUCUCUACAAUCACAGAGCGCAUACUCUGCGAGCUUUACUCGGAAUCUCAGUCCAUGAGCCAAAGGCAUAGCCAAAAAGUAUCGGAAGACAUCAACCUCGACCUGAGCAAAUGGCGACAAAGUCUACCACCUCAACUAGACCCCCUCCUCCACCCCAACGAAUCCGUCCUCCUACCACAAUCAUUAUGUCUCCUCGCCCUUUCCAACGUCCUAACAAUCCUCUCCCAGCGACCGCUCUUCACAGGCCACAACCACCCAACCAACCCCACCACAGCCUACGAAUCCGUCAACAUAUGUACAACAGCCGCAAACCAAAUCGUGCAAAUCCUGCGCGACUACUCUCAAAACUUCUCAAUAACCACCGCCCCGUACAUGCUUUCAUACGCAACGUACAUCAGCGCAACAAUCCACGCCCGAAUCGUCGCGCAGAAAGGACGGAACUCAAAUUCGUUUCAAUUGCUUAUGCUUUGCCGCAAUGUUUUGCAUGAGCAUCAGCAUUUGUAUAUGGCUGCUGGGAAGGCUAAGGCGAAUCUUGAUAAGUUGAUUGCUCAUUUGGGGAUUGAGGUUGCAGACCAGCAGGGUUGGAAUGGUGGGACUGGGCUUAGCGAUCAACUGGCUGUACAGGACACAAUGGCUUCUGUUGAGCAGCCAGGUUUACACGAGGGUGUGGAGAUGGGGUCUCCGCAGUUAAAUUGGGAACUAUCGGAUCUUGAUCUUGAAGCUAUUGCUCAAGGAUUUCGGUUUGAUGGGGAGUUGCAUUAUCUUAUGCAUCCUGUUGGGAUUUGA